AUGAGUUAUGGUAAAUUUGUCUGCAGUGCUACUUCCGAGUUGGGCCGUACAGUUACCCGACGUACCAAACAUUGCACUAGUAAUCGACGACUAGACGGCCAGACAGUGAUCAUUACGGGCGCCAACACUGGAAUCGGCAAAGAGACAGCCUAUCAGUUGUCGUUACGCGGGGCUAAAGUAAUAAUGAGCUGCCGAUCCAUUGCGAGGGGCGAAGAGGCUAUGAAUGACAUAAAGGGGAGGAAUAGUGGGGCAGACCUGACACUGUUUGAGCUGGACUUGGCUUCACUCAAGUCUGUGCGAGAGUUCGCACAACAGGUCUCACAAAACACCGAUUGUGUGGAUAUUUUGGUGAAUAACGCGGGAGUAAUGAAUACUCCCGAGUGGUCAACAGCUGACGGGUUUGAGAUGCAGUUCGGCACUAAUCACCUUGGCCACUUUCUAUUGACAAUGCUUUUGCUGCCAUUGCUUCAAAACUCGCCGAAAGCACGUGUAGUAAACGUGUCGUCCAUUGGACACAUGGCGGGCAAAAUCCACCUUGAUAAUAUAAAUUUACGCAACGGUGCAUACAGCCCAUUCAAGUCAUAUGCCCAGAGUAAACUGGCCAACGUACUAUUUGCUCGUGAAAUGGCCAAACGUUUGGGCCCAUCGACUACAGUCAACACCUAUAGCCUACAUCCCGGUGCCGUCCAUACAGAGUUGGCCAGACAUUCAGGUGGGGGUCAAUUGGGGGACAAAAUAAUGGGUUCAAUGUUUUUGACCCCUGAAUUGGGCGCUCAAACCAGCCUUCACUGUAUUCUCGAUGAGGGUUUGGACGGCGAGUCAGGCUUUUACUACUCAAAUUGUCAGCGUGUCGAUAAUAUGGUGCCCGCGGCUGUGGAUGAUAAAAUGUCCCAGGCACUUUGGGAGUUGAGUGUUAAAUUAGUUAACCUUGAGCCUCAUCUCGAUUUGCCAGCCACUAAAGCAUCAUAAUUGUUGCACUUUUUUGCCCAGGUUAAUUUAAAAUUAAUUAAUGUAAUCCU